AUGAUAAAAAAUUAAGGAGCAGUGUCAGAAGGCAUUGAGUAGAAAUUUAAUAACAAGAUCAAAUCAUUGUAGAGUUAGCAAACUGAUCCCUUUAUUAUCGUCAAUGGAAAUGUGUAAAAUAUAGAUUACAAUGACGACAUAAAAAGAGAGAAGGCAUUCUAUGAAUUUGCAUUAAGCAACUUGAAUAAAUUUAAAAAUAGCAAUUAAAAUAUCUAAUUCACCAGAAUUGAUUAGCAAUUUUUAUUUAAGCAAAUAGGAGAAGUUAUUGUAAAUCCUAUUGUUAAAUCUGCAGUUCAUGUUAAGAAUGUAGAAGAGAAGGAAUUGAAUUAACAAGGAAAGAAAAUUUAAACACUUCUUACUGCAAAAAAAUCAAAUAAAUAAAAACAUGAAAAAAUUAUAGAAGAAAUAAGAAAGGCAAUGAAAAAAAAACCAGUUGAUGAAAUAGAUAAGGAUGAAAUUUAAGAAAUUGAGCAAAAAUAAAAGCCAAUAAAUAAUUUAAAAAAGAACAUUAAGAAGAAGAAAACAAAAAGACUUGGAAAAUUAGCCAGAUUGCACAAAAGGUUAAAAAUAAACAGUAGAAAAUAAAAAUGA